CCUGCAGCGCGUGGGGCCGGAGCAGAGAGGCAGCGGCCGAGAGCCGAGCACCGCGCGUCCCCACCGCGAAGCCAGGCUGCUGAGUGUCGGCGUGAGAGCGAGGCUGUUCCCUGAGCCAUGGAGGCGCCUCUGCAGACGGAGAUGGUGGAGCUGGUGCCCAACGGCAAGCACUCAGAGGGGCUGCACUCCGCGGGCAUCCCCACCGCAGGCAGCGAGAGGGCCCACAGCCGGCGGAGCCACGCGGAGGGUGAGGGCUUCGUGCACAAAAGCCCGGGCAAGGAGCCGCACUUCACCGACUUUGAGGGGAAGACCUCGUUCGGGAUGUCGGUGUUCAACCUGAGCAACGCCAUCAUGGGCAGCGGCAUCCUGGGGCUGGCCUUCGCCAUGGCCAACACGGGCAUCAUCCUUUUCCUGUUCCUGCUGACGGCCGUGGCCCUGCUCUCCAGCUACUCCAUCCACCUGCUGCUCAAGUCCUCGGGGGUCGUGGGGAUCCGUGCCUACGAGCAGCUGGGCUACCGCGCCUUCGGGACCCCCGGCAAGCUGGCGGCCGCCCUGGCCAUCACGCUGCAGAACAUCGGAGCCAUGUCCAGCUACCUGUACAUCAUCAAGUCCGAGCUGCCCCUGGUCAUACAGACCUUCCUGAACCUGGAGGAGAAAACUUCGGACUGGUACAUGGAUGGGAACUACCUGGUGAUCCUGGUCUCGGUCACCAUCAUUCUGCCCCUGGCACUGAUGCGGCAGCUCGGCUACCUGGGUUACUCCAGCGGCUUCUCGCUCACCUGCAUGGUUUUCUUCCUAGUUGCAGUCAUCUACAAAAAGUUCCAGGUGCCAUGCCCACUGCUCUCCAACUCUGCCAACAUCACAAGCAACUCCAGCCUUGGGGAGGGGACACCGCCCCUGGAGGAGACUUUCAGCUCAGACUCCUGCACCCCAAACUACUUCACACUCAACAUACAGACGGCAUACACCAUCCCCAUCAUGGCCUUCGCCUUCGUCUGCCACCCCGAGGUGCUGCCCAUCUACACGGAGCUCAAGGAUCCCUCCAAGAGGAAGAUGCAGCACAUCUCCAACCUGUCCAUUGCGGUCAUGUACGUCAUGUACUUCCUGGCCGCCCUCUUCGGCUACCUCACCUUCUAUGACCGCGUGGAGUCGGAGCUGCUGCACACCUACAGCCAGGUGGACCCGUUCGAUGUGCUGAUCCUCUGCGUGCGCGUGGCCGUGCUGACGGCGGUCACACUCACGGUGCCCAUCGUGCUGUUCCCGGUGCGCCGGGCCAUCCAGCAGAUGCUGUUCCCGGACCGGGAGUUCAGCUGGCUGCGGCACGUGGUCAUCGCCGUCGGCCUGCUCACCUGCAUCAACCUGCUGGUCAUCUUCGCCCCCAACAUCCUGGGCAUCUUCGGGAUCAUCGGUGCCACGUCGGCCCCAUGCCUCAUCUUCAUCUUCCCUGCCAUCUUCUACUUCCGCAUCGUGCCCACCGAGAGGGAACCUGCCAAAUCCACCCCCAAGAUCCUGGCCCUUUGCUUCGCUGUGCUUGGCUUCUUGAUGAUGACCAUGAGCUUGAGUUUCAUCCUCAUUGACUGGGUGUCGGGGACCAGCCGGAGCGGAGGAAGCCACUAGGACAGCCCGUCCUGUUCUGCCGACUCAUCCUGCGCCCCUGCCCAGACUCCUCAGCCCCUGCUCGCACCCGGCGCCAGGCAGGGCCAGGAGAAAGGCGUGGCUAACGUUACGGGGGCGCAUGGCCCUGCCCCACGUCCUCUCUGUGAAAGGCUUUUAUUUUUAAAAAGAACCAGGACCAAGGCCGUUGGCCCGACCCUGCUGGGCCCUGGGGCUGCAGCGCCUUCCUGAGCUGGGCGCGGGGGGCUGCACCCCUGCUCCCCUCAUGUUGCCUCAGAUCCCCCCAAACCCCGCUCCCCCUUGCACAGAGGCGGACACUGAGUCACCCCGCCUGUGGGGCACACAGAGCGGGGACCAGGCCGCAGCCACCCCCACCUGGCUGCUGGGCCACGGUCUGCCCUGAGGCCCCGGCUCCCUUGCCCCCAUGGCGCCCCCCCCAGGCCCCUCGCAGGCACUUGGGCUCAGGCCCCUGGAUGCUCUUGUCCCCUCCCCCACCCCUCCACCAGGAGCAGACCCCCCACUCUGCCCCUGGAGCCAGCAGGUUCUCUGGAGGGUGAAGCUGGUGUGGGGACCCCCUCCACCACCCUCCUGCACCCGCACCAGCCCUGGGGAGGCUGGGACUCCCCCACCCGAGCCUGGGCUGACGCUCGUGUCCAAGAGGAGAGAGGCCGGGCGGAGGUCUCUGCCCGGCGCCGAGCCCCCAGGCCCCUGGGGCAGGGGGAGGCUGGCUGCAGCCCUUUUAUAAAUAUGACACACAAGCUGCGUUCCCUGUGCUUGACUCCUGGGGCCUGGGUUCCUGGAAAGCGGUGCGGGAGCUGGGACGUGGGUGUGAUGGGGCCCCUGCCUCUGCCCGGGAUGGGGUGGGCACAGGCGGUCCCCUCCUGUCCCGCCCGCCACGGCUGCUCAGACCCUGCUCUGGGCCCGGGCCAGCUGCGCACAGACCUGCUUUCUCCCGGGCGAGGUGGGGGAUGAAUGAGGCCCAGGAAGUGGGGCAGAGAGGCUCCGGAAGGAGGCAACGUGAGGCGCAUCCAGCGCCGAGAUCUGCGCCCCCCCUCCCCAGCCUGCAGGAGCCCCGCCUCCCCCCCCCCCAUCCAGGGCCGGUGCCCUGUGCCCAUCAGACUGCUCUCCCCUAGCAGCGCCCGCCUGGGUGAAGGUGGGGAGGGAGCCGUGUGGCCUGAGUGAGCGAGAGCGCCCAGGCCAGGCAGGGGGUGCAGGACACCGGGUUAGGGGGGAGUGCUGGGGGGGGGGCUGGGAGGCUGCCCAUGGCCUGGGGCGGGCCUGAGCCAGCAGGGCCCAGCGGGAUGGAGCUGCCCAGGUCUUGGCACCAAACCCUCAUUAGCAGAGACCCUGUGCCCAGCGAGGCCUCCGAGGAAAGGGCAGCAGGAAAAAUCCAGUUAGAACUGGCAGGGCUGCCAGCAUGGCCCCUGAAGAAAGGACUUCCUCAGGCUGGUGGCUGCUGGGGCCACAGCGUGCCAGUGCCUGAAUCCCGUCAGCCCCGCGCCUGGCUCCUGGGGAGCCCCGGGACCCCAGAAAGAGCAGGACCCUGGCCUGGGGGGCCGCAGCCCAGCGUCCCGGCGAGAGGGCCGCCCUCGGGGGCUCUGGCUUCUUCCCCAUCAGAGGAGGCUGCAGCCCGGCCUUGGACCCUGGGCUCCUGGGAGCGGAAAGCAGCACAGGCAGGGGCCGCCCUGCACAGACCUGGGCCCGUCCUGGCGCCCUCCGUCCAGGGCCACAGGGGACAUGCCGGGAGUAGCUCCCCCGCCGCGCACGGGGGCAGGAGGACCCUGCCCGGGAGGCCUCCGUCUCCGCUCCCCAGCAAGGCCGCCCCAGCCAGACACUGGGCAGCAGGUGCCAGCCAGGCAGCAGGGCUGCGGCCGCUCCGCUAUAUCCAAGCUCAAGGGCCCACAGGCUGAAAGUGAGUGACCUCCCGCCUAGCUGUCCAGUCCCAGACUCGGGCCCUCGGAGGCCUUGGUCAGCAUUAAGCAUUUUUGUGUUUUGAAGAGGAUCCCAGGUCUUUUCUUUUUCGCUUUUAAAACAUUUCUCUAGCCCUGGCCAGUUUGGCUCAGUGGGUAGAGUGUCGGCCUGCGGGCUGAGGGGUCCAGGUUUGAUUCUGAUCAAGGGCACGUACCUCGAUGGCAGGCUCGAGCCCCAGCCCCAGUCAGGACACGCAGGAGGCAACCGAUCGAUGUGUCUCUCCCAUCGACGUUUCUCUCUCCCCCUCCUUCUACUCUCUAAACAGCAAUGGGAACAUAUCCUCGGGUGCGGAUUAACAACAACAUUUCUCUGAAAAAAUAAAA